AGGCGUCCAGGGGGCAUCCGAAUCAGAUGCCCGAGCCACCUCAGCUGGUUCCUCUCCAUGUGGAGGAGCAGCGGCUCCACCCGGAGCUCCUCCCGGAUGACCCAACUCCUCACCCUAUCUCUAAGGGUGCGCCCAGCCACCCUGCGGAGGAAACUCAUCUCAGCCGCUUGUAUCCGCGAUCUCAUCCUUUCGGUCAUAACCCAAAGCUCGUGAGCUUGUGACCAUAGGUGAGGGAGGGAACGUAGAUCGAUCGGUAAAUCCAGAGCUUCGUCUUGUGACUCAGCUCCCUCUUCACCACGACGGUCCGAUACAGCGACCGCAUCACUGCUGCCGCUGCAUCAACCCGUCUAUCAAUCUCACGCGCCCCUUUUCCCUCACUCGAGAACAAGACCCCGAGAUACUUAAACUACACCACUUGGGGAGAACUCUCCACCGACCCGGAGAGAGCAAACCACCUUAUUCCGGUCGAGAACCAUGGCCUCAGACUUGGAGGUGCUGAUCUUCAUCCUGGCCGCUUCACACUCAUCUGCAAAGCGCCCCAGUGCAUGCUGAAGGUCCCGUUUAUUCCAUUCGUUUUUACUAAAUGUGUGUGUAUACUCAUGCCAUCGAUUUGAUCCAGAUAUCUAACAUUUUGGAGGGAAAAAAUAUCUUCUCACUUUGGAGUUUUGGGUGCAAUACCGUCAUUUGCCUUGAGAUGUCAGUGUUGACAAAAUAAUGCAACACAUUUCUAACAUGGGUAGUUUUUCCUCAUGCACAGAGCUACCUGAAACUGGACAUUAACAACAACAGUUUACUGGAAUUGCUUGAGGGCUGCCGGAGAAAGAGGGUCCUGAGUAGGUCCGCUUGCACCCUGCAGAGCUCAGGACGGUGGCGGUAAACACCCCCCAAAAAGGGUCUUGUCCUCAGUAAAUAUGACUUUUUUCUCACCCAAAUAUCGCUUUUAUUUGCUCUAGUAUUUGUAACAUAGUCUUUUAAUCAAAUGAUUUAAUUUUCAAUUUAAACUGGUUUAAACUGGAGUUUGAGACCCAUGAUUUAGGGGUUUAUACAUGUUGAUGACAGGCAAAUCCUGUUAAAAAAAAUCGAGACAAAUAUGGCUGACAAGGUCAAUAAAUCAAAAUAAAGAUACGAAAAAAUGCGUUCAAAACACUGAAAAAAAGGCUGCAACAAUUUCAAACUGGUGGCAGCCAUGUUAAAAAUAGCGAUAAACCAAGGUGGCUCAUGAAAUAAACUGUCACUCUCUUCGGUCGCUGGAGCUCGAGUUGAGACGAAACGAUCGCGGUCCAGAGCGCGCGGAUCAGUUCCACCUUCUGGAUUUACGCUCUUGAGAACACGCAUGCGCAGUGACUUGAAGCAGCCGGUCGGAGGAGAACGAGCCGUAUGUGCCAUCGGAUGUAAUCUCGGCGAAGAACUGCCUCUUCUCGCUGUGCAUACAUGGUGAAAUUCCCAUGGGAUCAGAGCCGAUGGAGAUGCGAAAGAGGCAGAUGUCGGUGCAGCAGGAGUCUGCAGCAGGGGGGACCGCACCGACCCAGCAGGGCCAGCCGGGCCAAGCCAACCCACGGGCCUCCAAUGCGUGUUGCUUCUGCUGGUGCUGCUGCUGUAGCUGUUCCUGGAAUGAGGACCGGGAAGACAGAAACAGGAAGUCAUCGUACGACAUCAAGGAAGGGACCGCAGACUGUGAGGACUGUCCCAAGCCCACGCUGGAGGAGGUGCGCGCCUGGGCCCAGUCUUUUGACAAGCUGAUGUGCUGCCCAGCGGGGAGGAACGCCUUCCGGCAGUUCCUCCGCACCGAGUUCAGCGAGGAAAACAUGCUCUUCUGGCUGGCCUGCGAGGAGUUCUGCAAGGAGACCAACAAGAGCCUGAUCGAGGAGAAGGCUCGGGUCAUCUAUGAGGACUACAUCUCCAUCCUCUCGCCCAAAGAGGUGAGCCUUGACUCGCGCGUGCGGGAGUCCAUCAACAGGAACAUGCUGGAACCCACCUCGCACACGUUCGACGACGCCCAGCUGCAGAUCUACACACUCAUGCAAAGAGACUCGUAUCCUCGCUACAUGAACUCCUCAGCCUACAAGAACCUGCUCAACACUCUGUCCGAGCAGUCUCCCGAGUCUUAGUUCGCCUGUGAUCCCCCCCCCCCCUCGUCCCCGUCCCGUUUGGAAAACCUUUUUCUUUGUGUGUUCAGUGUAGGAUUACGUAAACCCGGGCCCCGGGCCCGGCCCCUCCCAGGGAUCUCAGAGCUAUUGUGAUCUGACCGAAGACACUCAGGUCUAAAAUCUCCCGAGGGCUCGACAUCACAAGUACUGCGACAGAUCAACGAAGCAAAACACUCCAAAGGAAUAAGACAACACUUGUGUUUUAUUUUCCUCUUGCUUUGAUAGAAAUAAUCUAUUUUAUUUCUGUUGAGACUUUUUUAUGCUCGGUUGUUUUUGUAUGAUCGUCUGGGGGGAGGGGAAUGACUCCCCAUGUAGAUUAUAUAUAUUUAUGAGUUUGUAAAUAGUCAAAAGGAGUCGUGGGUAUUUUGUGUGAAAAUGGCAGGUUCUAUUUACUGCGUAUGAAAAUCAAAGCUCCAGUCAAAGGCUACGCGUUAGCCGCUUUGCGGGCAGCUUUAUCGGGGCUCUGUUUGGUUUUGGGUUCUUUGACUUCACCUCACUCCUGGGUGGCUACCUGUGAUGGCGACUUGGCAACUCCAGUUCCAUUUUCUUUGUCUCACUUCUGGAAGAGCAAACAGGAAGAAGCAAUAGCUUUGUCGCAGUGUGCAAUCGGAGGCUGAAGUCACAUUUUUCCCCUUACAGAUUCAUGUGUCCGUCUCCUAGUACGAUACACAAAACUACCUAAGCAGUUGCAUUCAUUUGAGUCCAGAAAAGAAUUUUCAUUCCUCUUCAAAACUGUCAUUGGAUAUUCAAAGUAAACUAUUUGAAGCUAUUUUUUCCAGUAAAUACAUAUAUCUUUCUCUCUCAAAUGAAUGCGUCGGCUCCGACUACAACCCAAAUGACCAGCAUGAUUAUCUGUUCUAACUCCAGCUAUACAGUAUUUUGUACAGUGAAUAUCAUGGAAGUUAACCGUUACAAGCGUUUUUUGUGACGUAUUUUGGUGCUAUUUACAAGAUGACUACACAAACACGAGCAUUUUUGCCAUUUAAAUGAAGUAUAAAUAUCAAGUGAGAAAACGAAAUACCAGCAGAGUCAGAGCUUGUCAUGCUGCCACACUUGAAACAGAGAAUAGCAAACGCACAUUCACUACAUGGCGCUAACGCAGCUUAUUAGCAGGUCCUAGCUCAGUGGAAGAGUUUAUUUUGUCGCACACUUGAGGCAGAUUACAAAACUUAUUUCAUGAAGUUUCGAAAUGCAAAGACUUAUAUUCAGAUUGAUCAUUUGUUUGAACUUGUGAUCAGCUAAUGACAAUGCUAGCAUAUUUCUGAAGCCAUUAUUUUGUGAACCAACUAAAUGUAUCAGAAUGGCCUCGGUCAUUAUAAAUAUGGUUGUGAAUUCGACUUAAAUCGAUGGGAGCGGCACAGUGGAAGGCGCUAACUUAGCUUAGCUUAUUCGCUGCGGGUUGAAGCUCAUCUACUUUUUUCUUUUUAGCUUAAAUCAAGGUAGAGAUAUUUUAAAAACAGAUGGGGACUGAUGCAGAAGGGAUGUAAGGAAAUAGAUGAUAUAAAAAACGUAUAUUAUUCAGACAUACCUCACACGUCUUCAGUCAUUUACCUGCUGCUCUGCUGGCUCCAACCUUUCCAACCUGACUCUUAAACUCGCGUGGUCUUUAAGUCGGCCAUUUUGGGGCCAGAAUUCCGAGUGGAGCUUCUCCGUUCUUGUCAAAACGCUGACUUAUUCCAUCUCUGAGCCAGAGGUUCCCUGGACGCGAUUCGACUGGUGAAGUUGGCUUAGCAUCAACACCAAAGCUACCAUGUAAACUGUGUUCACACUUUUGUCGAGUGUAUAUAUAUUGACAAAAUUGGAGUUGCCAAGUGUUCAAAUACUGUUGCUGAUAGUUUUCUUUCAAUUACGUUGUUGCCUCACCAACAUGUCACUCAAAGACAAGAUCCUCACCCGAGGAAGUGCCUUGACAUUCAUCUCUCUAAUGGAGGACGGUCGUGGUGACUGGCGGCGGCGGAAGGCGUCGGUCGGCCGCACGAGUCCCGGGAGGAACGGAAGUGGACGGACAGGGCUGGGGUCGAUCUUGGCUUCUCGUGGAACGAUGGCGCUCGCCCGAGCGUUCCGGACCCCGAGCGGCGCACGGAUCGACCUCACUCACAGUCGAAGCCAGUGGUUUGGAGCGAUGCCUAUAAAUACUGGAUUUCUUUUCUGUUUACUCUUCAAAACGUGUUCCUUUGCGCUGAGAAAUACAUUUUUGAAAACAAAUAAUGUGAAUGUUUACAGUUUAGGUUUUCUGCUAUUACCUGAGAAAAUUACGACUUGUGGGCAUUUUGAUCAAGAGAAAAAUAAAGCACAAUAAUUUUACCAUUGGUGUUCCUACUGUGUGAAACCUAAAGCUCACAGAAGUGGAGUGGACACGUACGCAUUC